UGUGAGGACAUUUUGUGUUUGGACUGAUACGCAUUUGAACAUUAUAGGCUAUAAAUUGUGGCCAAAGGGAUGUCUCAAAUUUUAGGGAGGGAAGUAAUUAAGAUAUUUAUGUUUUUGUUAAUCUAGUUCGUACAGUAAAGCUAAAGAAAGACCGCAUUUGACAUCGUCAAAUUGUGUUUUAAGUACGUUUGUCAAUAAAGAUAUACAAACGUACAAAACUGAUGUUCACGCGUGCGCAUGAAUGUUUAACUUGUGAACAGCGUGAUCGAAACGUAAAUUAAUUGUCUGAAGACUUAUUUUCAGAGUAUUUGACCAGCUGCCUAGCAGCAGGAGGAGGUUUGAAGGUGAGUGAAUCCAUCGCCCCGCAAAGAUGGAUUUCCAACACAGAGCUGGGGGCAAGACGGGGAGCGGUGGCGUGGCGUCCUCCUCGGAGAGCAACCGGGAUAGGCGAGAGCGGCUCCGCCAGCUGGCCCUGGAGACCAUCGACAUCAACAAGGACCCCUAUUUCAUGAAGAACCAUCUGGGCUCUUAUGAGUGUAAGCUGUGUCUGACACUACACAACAAUGAGGGCAGCUAUCUGGCCCAUACACAGGGAAAGAAGCAUCAGACCAAUUUAGCGAGAAGAGCAGCCAAAGAAGCAAAAGAAGCCCCUGCCCAGCCAGCCCCCGAAAAGGUGAAGGUCGAGGUCAAGAAAUUUGUGAAGAUUGGUCGACCAGGGUACAAAGUAACCAAGCAGAGAGAUCCAGAGAGUGGGCAACAGUCUUUACUUUUCCAGAUUGAUUACCCAGAGAUAGCGGAGGGCAUAGGGCCCAGGCAUCGCUUCAUGUCUGCAUACGAGCAGCGCAUUGAGCCCCCAGACCGUCGUUGGCAGUACCUUCUACUGGCUGCAGAACCAUAUGAGACCAUCGCCUUCAAGGUGCCAAGCAGAGAGAUUGAUAAAGCUGAGAGUCGGUUCUGGACCCACUGGAACAAAGAUACAAAGCAGUUUUUCCUCCAAUUCCACUUCAAGAUGGAGAAAUCUCUCGCUCCACCCAGCGGACCCGUACCCCCGAUGGGUGUAAAGCGCCCCCCUCCGCUGAUGAGUGGGAUAGGUCCUCGGCCCCCCAAUGAGGCCAUGCCCCCUCCACCCCCAGGGGGGAUGCAUAUGCCACCCUUGCCCCCUGGUGCCCCUGGCCCUCCUCAGAUGCACCACCAUCAUCAGAUGCAACACGGUGGCCCCGGGAUGGGCAUGCCACCCCUGAUGAGACCCCCGCUCCCUUCUGACAGUCAUGGAGGAAUGCCCCAUCAAAACAACUGAUUGUGUCUGCCUAUCGUUUGGUUGCUAUUACACUACAGUGCCCCUUCGUUGGACUGUGUCAAGUGUACUGUUUCAAUGUACACUUUCUAAACUGGAUGACACGUUGUUUAUCCACAUGCUUUUUUACCACCAGACCAUAUUCAUUAGGUUUUGUACACAGUCGCCAAGGGAAUUUUGUCAUACUGAAAUAUUGUCUCUGGCAGCAUCUACACUCUGGGUACUACUCUGAAUUAAGCAGUGUACAUGUCAUGGUCAUGCAUUCUAAGUAUUCUGCUAGUGUGGAUAUUGUAAGGUGGUCAUUGUUUUGUGAGCUCUGUAAUAGCACCAGUAUGACUAGAUUCCUCUGUAUUGUAGAUGUUGAGCCCUCUGAAUUAAACAACAUCUUUGACAAUCCACAAUUCCUUUUUAAAUAUACUUUUUUUUAUAAUAAAGAAUGUGGAAAAGUGA